AUGAGUUAUAUGGGACAAGUUGGCGCCGAGCUACUAUGUGAAUCUUUAGGAGGUUGGCUUGCCACCAUAGACACCGAAUCAACGUUCCAACAAAUAAUACAAACCAUUAACGAUACUGGUAUGAAUACACAUGCAUGUCAUAACUGGGGAUUCUGGAUUGGCCUUUAUGAUCCAACACCUACAGGUACGGGACACACUGGUGACAGCUUAGUAUGGGUACACAAUAUGUGUGAAGGUUAUCAGAAAUGGGCAAGUAAUCAACCUGACGAUGCGACCAGCAAUAAUCCUGUAGGAAAUAUUUGCGUCCAGUUAUGGUAA